AUAAUUUUUUUUUUUUUUUAAAAAGGUUUGGCCAUUGACCAUCCGGAUUUGAUGUAAUGAUCCACGUGAAGUCUAAAAGCAGUUGUAUUUCUCAAAUCCCCAUUAACAAUCCAAUUGCUGCAUCACACUAAUCUAUCCCACUUGAUCUUUCUUACGCCAACAUUUUUACAAUCUUCAUUCAUUCUUCAUCCCUUUCCAUUAAUCAUAAUUUAUCACCAGAUCUACCUCCAUUUAUGUGUUCUUCCUGAAGAUCCAACAAUUCAACAAUGGCGAACAAUGCUAAUCCCUCGCUAAUGUCGGAGAUUGGCCCCGAUGGUCUCUUUCGUGAAGCUCCUGUCAUCGCUUACACUGAAAAGAUUAUCGAGCAGGAAAAAGUUCAACUCCAGAAAUAUAUAGAGGAAAAUUAUUCAAAAAUUCGUGAUGUUGAACGUGAAUUUGCCAACCUCAAUUUGGAGCUGAAACUUACGGCAGGAUCAAAGCAUGCAGCAUUUGAACACUUGAGAAAGAAGAUUGAGCUUCAAAAUGAGCAAAUUAAAGCGGCUAAGAUCAAGGAAGAACAAGCAAAAAAGGUAUGGGAGGCUGCUUUAAAAGUUGUGCAGGAUGAAGAAUUAGUUAAGCAGAAGCUAUGUGAGGACCUGAACCAAUUGGUCCAAGAAAGCAGUAACUCCCAGUAUGCAAGACUCGAGCAGUUGAAAAGGCGGCUAGAAGCUUUGAAUCCAGGAAGAGCGUCAACAUCUACUAUGCCUGAUAGCACGCCAAAUAAUGCAUCAGCUGCUGCUUUGACGCAAGAAGUAAAUGGGGUGGUUUCAAACACUCCAAGUCAAGGAAAUGAUGAAACUCAUGAAAGUGUACCCACUGUUACUGCUCAUAAUCAACCACCUAGUGCUGAUGGAGAAGGAAGAGGGAAGAAGAAAAACCUAUUACAAGGAAAAGGAAGAGGAGUUGGGGCAUUGUCAAAAGGGAGAGGGUCUGUGACUGGCUGGACUGGUUCUGGGUUUGACGUGGAUACUAGAAGUUGAGUGGAUCUCAGUGGCAUGUCAAGGUUUGUGAUGAGAAAAGUGUCUCAGAUUAUGUGCAAAAGGUACUCUUAUUUAUUUUAGAUUCUUUACAUCCUGUUAUAGUUUGGAUUAGAUCUUCAUUUGUGAAUAGUGAUUGUCUCAUUUACAUUAGAUUUUAGAUGUUAGAAUAUCUGAUUGCAGUUCAAACUCAUAUCAAUAAAGUUAGCUGCUUAAGCAAUUUGUCUUGUGAGUCGUGUUUAUUGUUGGCUGUAGUUCAUUUGUAAAUUGUGCUUUUCUGCUGGUCAGACUUAUCUUGGGAUGAAUUCACCUUGAUACUUCAGAUCAAUAAUAUUUCUUUUUCUCUAA